AUGGCAUACGGCCUGACUGCCUUGCUCGCCACGGCCCUCCUGGCUGUUUUGGCGCGUUCAGCCAGCCAGCCAGACAUAUCGGCAGCCGUGCCACCACCAGAGAAGCCAGUCUACAACGAGACGGGGAGCUUCUGCGGAUGGAACGGCGUUCAUCAACAUUUUGAGAUCUAUACCCGUGGUUGGGGCCGCGAUGGUUUAGAAUGCGGCAAAAGCUUCAGGAUGGAGUUGGCAGAGACGUGCUACGGUACAGGCACCAACAGCUGGGUUUGCAAGCCGCCGCCGCCUUCUGCUCAGGACGAAAAGGGCGCCUAUAUGUCUUUCCAUUUUAACGCGUGGGACAAUUCAGCCUACAAGAGGUGUACGGAGAAGGCGUACUGGAGAGCUUCGCUCGACGUGUACGAUUUUCCGGGCGAGAGAAUCGAGUGCUGUCAGGAUUGCCACCGAAUCGAUAGUGACUGGCCUCCUUCCUGA